AUGAGCUCAGAGCAUGGUCGGGCCUUCGCCGCCGCCCGCCGCCCGCCCAUCCACGGCCAAGCCUCCGCCGCCGUUUGCCGCCUCCACGGCCGGGCCUCUGCCGCCUUCCGCCGCCCGCCCAUCCUCUGCCGCCUCCAGCCGGUACUCUUCUCCGCCGCCGCGAGCGUGAGCAGCCCCCCUCCGCCCCUGGCCGUUGCCCGUGUGCGUCCGCUACACGCUUCCCACGACACGCAAGGGGAUCUCUUUCUGCAACGAAUCCCUCACCAAUUUGAGUGUCGAGGACAGGCAUAUCCUUUCCCUGAAUAUGGCCUACGUACAGAGGUGAAAGCUUUAUCAAUUAAUAGGAAGUUUGUGAUUGGAUGGAUGCUCCCAACAACCAGUUCUUCCAAGGACAUCCCCGUGGCUCCGCGACACUCUUUCAGUUCAACAUGCCAUCUUGCAGACAUGGCUGUAUAUCUGUUUGUUUCAAGCAUCAGCGGCAUCCAUGGGCUUGACAACAAUCUGAAGCGAGUAAUUGGUGCUGCCCUUGGUAUUGGAGAAAACAUGAGGAGGAUAAAUAGUCAAUGACAGUUGCUGAACGACUUCAUUAGAGUUUAGCGUAAGCGUUCAUGGGGGCCAGAGAAACGGGAUUUGGGACUUCUGAAUAAUACUUUUAGUGACAUGUAACUUUUUUUUAAAUAUGUUUCCUUGUAACUAGACAUACUUGUGCUUUCACUUCGAAACUCAA